CUCCCCCUCCCCCUCCACCAAAACCCUAACCCCGCUGCGAGCGACCACACCACUCCUUUACUAAAGCUGCGCUCCCACUCUCUCUGCGUCGACGACCCUCUUCCUCUCCUUUCUCUGGGCCGGCGAUCCUCUCAUCUCAAAGUGUACUUUGAGGCAUUAAAAAUGCUUGUGUUGUUCGAAACUCCUGCGGGCUUUGCCCUUUUUAAAGUAUUGGAUGAAGGGAAGCUCUCCAAAGUUGAGGAUUUGUGGAAAGAGUUUUCCACAGCUGACACAGCUAGACAGGUUGUGAAACUAAAAGCUUUCUCUAAGUUUGAGAACACAUCAGAGGCCCUGUCUGCUGCCACCUUAUUGAUUGAUAGCAAGCCCAGCAAAGGUCUCCGCAAGUUCCUGCGUGCUCAUUGUGAUGGUGAAACAUUGGCUGUGGCUGAUUCUAAACUUGGAAAUGCAAUUAAGGACAAACUGAAAAUUGAAUGUGUUCACAACAACACCGUGAUGGAACUGAUGAGAGGGGUGAGAAGUCAAUUGACUGAACUCAUAUCUGGUCUAGCUACUCAAGAUUUGGCUCCAAUGAGCUUGGGUUUAUCCCACAGCCUUUCUAGAUACAAGCUUAAAUUCAGCCCUGAUAAGGUGGAUACAAUGAUCAUUCAGGCCAUUGGCUUGUUGGAUGAUCUUGACAAAGAACUGAAUACGUAUGCAAUGAGAGUUCGAGAAUGGUACGGGUGGCAUUUUCCGGAGCUUGCAAAGAUUAUACAAGAUAACAUUGUCUAUGCCAAAGUAGUAAAGAUGCUGGGUAAUCGUACAAAUGCUGCAAAGCUUGAUUUUUCUGAGAUAUUACCAGAAGAGGUGGAGACGGAAUUGAAAGAGGCAGCCAUGAUUUCUAUGGGUACUGAAGUUAGUGAACUGGAUUUGAUGAAUAUUAAGGACCUCUGCGACCAGGUUCUCUCUCUUUCAGAGUAUAGAGCUCAACUGUAUGACUACUUAAAGAGUAGGAUGAACACCAUCGCGCCGAAUCUUACUGCUCUUGUUGGAGAACUAGUUGGUGCCCGCCUUAUUGCACACGGGGGCAGUUUAUUGAAUCUUGCGAAGCAACCAGGGAGUACGGUUCAAAUUCUUGGUGCCGAAAAGGCUCUCUUCCGAGCUUUAAAGACAAAGCAUGCAACCCCCAAGUACGGACUUAUCUACCAUGCUUCCUUAAUUGGGCAGGCAGCACCAAAACAUAAGGGAAAAAUUUCCCGAUCUCUUGCUGCCAAAACUGCAUUAGCAAUUCGAUAUGAUGCUCUUGGAGAUAGCGUAGACAACACUAUGGGUUUGGAGAACCGAGCUAAGCUUGAAGCACGAUUAAGGCAGCUUGAAGGCAGAGAAUUGAGUCGUUCUGCUGGUUCAGCUAAAGGCAAACCUAAGAUAGAAUUCUAUGACAAGGACCGUAAGAAGGGAGCGGGAGCAUUGAUAACCGCUGCCAAGACUUACAAUCCUUCAGCGGAUUCUCUUCUUGGGCGGACUGAAUCAGCAGCUGAGAAAGAAGAAGAAAUUGUCCCAAAGAGGAAGCGUGAAGCAGAACCAUCUGAGACUGCCGCAGCAGAAGAGGCAGCUGAUGAACAGAAGAAAGAAAAGAAGAAAAAGAAGAAGAAGAAAGCCGAAGAAGAGGUCACAGCCUUGCCUGAAGAUGGGCCCUCCGCUGAACCAGAAAGUGAAGAGCGGAAGAAAGAGAAGAAGAAAAAGAAGAAACAUUUAGCUGAGAAUGCUGAGGUAGAUAACAAUGGUGGGAAUGUUGAAGCCGGAGAGAAGAAGAAAAAGAAGAGAAAACAUGCUGAGCCGGACGAAGAAGAAACUGAAACCCCAAGCAAGAAGAAAGAGAAAAAGAAGAAGAAGAAAAGUGAAGCAUGAUAAGGUCAGUUAAGUGUAUGGGUGAGUAUCGAACCUUAACAAUUUUGGGUUAUCUUAGGUGAUGGGGUGGUGUUCCUGUAAAAUUUAUGCGUUGCCAGUUAUUUAUUGUGGAUUUCAAAAUCAAAGUUGUUUCUAAUGUAUUUUCAAUUUAUUGAGAUGAUAUGAUCUUGCAAGAGUUUAAUUUGCUUGAGGGACAUCACCACUUGCUCUCAACAUAUGACAGUUUCAUUUUCAAAUGAAAAAGGCAUUUUCAACAUAUGACAGUUCCAUGCACAUGAUUUUGUUGAUUGUGUGCUAUGUAUAGAUGUUCUUAUGAAUCUUUUGCAUGGUUAAGAGAUCAUAAAAUUUUUGUUCAGUCCUCCUUGGUGUGUGGGAUUGAAUUUUGUUAGUUUUUACAGAUUAGAGUAGGUGACAAGUGUUGGAUUGACUAGUGUGUGCAGAUUACCCACUUGAAGCCAACCUCCUGAACUCCAUGCAAUUUUGUGGUACUAAUUUCUUGGUUAUGAAGCCAUUCAAACACCUUAUUAUUGUUUAUUUUUAUUUUUCUCAAGGGAAUGAAUGAUUGGUCUUGGUUCUAGGUUCAAUAUUUUGUUUUGAUGAUUUAGUUUGUCCAAAUGGGAGAUUUGAAGCAUUUUUUGGGUGCAUUUAUACGUUACAAAAGUAGUGGAUUAAAAGUAAUGUUUCAAUGUACUAGGAUGGUUAUCAACUUAUCAUACGUAAAAAGUGAUGAUUUGAUUGAGUGAGGUAGUUUGGUCAUCAUCUUCAAAUGAGCAAUGAUAUUUAACAUGGACAUAUUGUUGUAUUGAAUUUUUGUAUAAUUAUAAUUUGAGGGUCAUAUUGUUGUAUUGAAAUGUAGUACUUUGGUCAAUGAUUGGUUAGUUAUUUUAAUAAGCAAAAUAGACUUUCAAGGCCCAACCCGUCUUGGUUCAAUACCGCAUGGAGAAAAAAAGCCAACUCUUUCUCUAGAACCCUCCACCGACACACCUUUUCAGCCGCCACCUUCUCGUCUUCUCCGUCUGGUUUCUCCCUGCUGCCUUCCAUGGGAGUGGGGAGGUGAUGUUUCUUGCCUCUCACAGGUUAAAUAACAUCGGUGUGUAAUAAUAAGUACGUUAUGUGGGUAAUUUUUACGCCGUUUUUGUUUUUGUUUUGCUAGAUUUACUUUGGUUUGGCUUGUUUUCGGCCAGAUUGGGCAGAUCUGUGUAGAUCUGUGUUUCUUUCUUCAGCUAGAUUUCAGAUCUAUGUCGGUUUUUUGUUGUCCCUGGCUAGAUCUCAGAUAUAUGUCAAUGUCAGUUUUUGUGGUCCCCGUCUUGUGCGGGGUUUGGGUGGUUUUUUCACCAGUCAGAGGCGCCUUGUGGACGGAGCUUUGGAGCAGUUGUUUUGCUGAUGACCUGACCUUUGUGUCACUCCUGUUGAUGCUCGUCUCAUGUGGUAGCUUCUGUUGUUUUUCUCAGCAAAUCUGGAGCCUAAUCUUCAUUUUUCUUCAUUUUGCUUCAGGUUUUGUUUGCCUUUUUAUGGCUUACCUUUGUUGCAUCUGUUCUGUCCUUUAUGGAUGUGUUAUGUAGAUGGCGUAUGACUGUUAUUUUAUUGCCAGGAAAAAAAAAAAUUAAUAAGCAAAAUAGUGAAUAUUCAUUGGCAAGUUCAAUAUUUUUCUUUUAAAGUCGUCGACAUAAUAUCAAGUCCGAAAAACUGAAACGAAAACAAAAAAAGAGGUCACUAGAGAUAAAUACCACCUCUAGAACAACAAGAGAGCCUCAUAAGAAGUCUCAAGACAAAACUAAAUCCGAAAAACAGAAGCGAAAACAAAAGAAGAGGUCAAUAGAGAUAAUUCAACACAAAACUUGAAGACAAUAGCAGAAGCUAAAGUCAAAACGAACUAAAUACGAAGAUAGGGGUAAAAUGAACGGUCAUUUUAUCCAACGCAGAGGAAAUUUGACCGUAAACAAGUCAAAUGAAGUGAUCUCAAUCCAAACUAAACAAUUUAAGACAUCCAAAGAGGUCCUAAGACUCAAGAAUUUUGAGUCAACUUUUCAAUUAUAUCCACCGCAUUUUCAUAUUUCAUUCUUACAAGGAGUUAUACGCGUUUUAGUGGACAUAGAAGUCGAGCAUAUAUGGGAAAGCCUAGAUUGUUGAACUUUUUUUCUAAUCCAUGUCUUAUAAUUUAGAAACUUGCUGAUGUAAAAUACCACAGUACAUAACUCUAGAUAUGUCUCAUUUUGAAACGUGUGAUGAAAAAUAAAUAAAUUUUGCAGAAGGGUUUGUAUAAAAGGUUGAACCCAUAAUUUAUGUAUGAUAAAUAGAAGUUGGAAAGGUAGGUUGAAGAAGAAGAGUUGGUUGGAUAAGAUUUUCCAACACUGUUACUUAACCUUUUCACUUAAUAGUCAAAUAUGGUUGCUGGAAGGUGGAAGAAGAAUACUUCUUCAUUAAGGACUCUCUCCUCUCUCUCUAAGUUUUUAUGUAUAUAAAGUAGAAACCUUUGCAAGGAUUGUAUCAGCCCAUUCGCUUCACUACUACAUUUUAUAUAGUGAGAGAGAGUGUGAGAGAGAGAGAGAGAUGCCUCCAGGUUGGGGACCGCCACCAGGACCACCAGGGCCUCCGGGUUGUGGCUGCUUUGAUUUUCUGUGUGGAGGAAUAUGCCGAGCCCUAUCUUCAUGUUUCUAUCUCCUAUGCUGCUGCUGCAUCUUCGAGAGGUGCUGUGGACCAAUGUUUGGUGGACCACCUGGACCACAUGGACCACAUGGACCAGGAGGCCCACGUUUCUAAUUAGCUGAUUUCUUUUUCAAGUUCUUAUGUACGUCAGAUCCAUAUCUGAUGAGUGAACAUACAAAAAUAAAAAGUAUAAAACCAAAACAUUUUGCCUUGGCUUUA